AUGGGCGGAUUCUAUCAGGGCAAAGGUGGAGGCAAAGGCGGAGCACCAGCUGCUGCGACUCCGGCAGCGGACCGUGCCGCAGGUGACGAUCUUCCGGGUGGCCUCAAGCGAAAGCUGCAGGCUUUGAACUAUCCCGAGCUCAGUGCAGCAUGCCUCAGCGGCCAGGCUUACAUGAAGAUCAUCCUCUGGCUCGAAGAGGAGAAGAUUCGGCUUUACGAGAAAAUCGAUCGAGCGCAGCUGCGCAAAUUCGACAAGUCCUGGUUCGAAGCAGUGGCCAAGUAUGCAAGGGAGCUCGGCGUGCCUGCGGACGGGCUUAGCGAGAAGGACCUCAAGGUCAAGCUGAGCGUUCUCAACGGUCUCACGAACCUUGCAAUCCACGACAUCUAUCGGGACCAGGACGAGGCAAACGAGCUCGCGAAUGCAGUUCCUCAGAAGCAGGAGGCUUCGGGCCCCAAGCAGCGGCUCGGACAGCUUCUCCCAGCUUUAAAUCGCAUCAUGUCGUGCUUCAACCUGCCAAUGUUGCCAGAGGACGCUGCGGACACAGAUACCGUGGCAGCCUUGAGGUGCAUCUUGGUGAGAGUUGCACCGACGUCCGCGGAAGAGCCGACGCUGGACCUGCAAAAGCUGCCGCUGGGCGUGGAGGUGCGCGAUGGGGAGGUGAAGAAAGCCGUCGCAGUCCUCCGCUUGCUCCACGGCCUGGAGCUGUCGCAGCUGCAGGUCAACAUCAACACUGUGAUUAACGAGCUGCAGCAGCUCACGGCGAAUCCCCAGACAGACUCCAGGCUGGGACGCGUUGGCCGCUAG